AUGAAGUGGAUGGUGGUAGCCUUGCUCUGCCUCCCUCUGUUGGAGGCAGCCCUGCUCAGGGUCCCCCUGAAGAGGAUGAAGACUGUCCGUGAGACCAUGAAGGAAAAAGGCAAGCUCAAGGAGUUCUUGAAGAACCACAAGUACGACCCUGGCCAGAAGUACCACUUUGGCAACCUCGGUGACUUCAGUGUGCUCUAUGAGCCCAUAGCCUACAUGGACGCUGCCUACUUUGGAGAGAUAAGCAUUGGAACUCCACCCCAGAACUUCCUGGUCCUUUUUGACACUGGCUCCUCCAACCUGUGGGUGCCUUCUGUCUACUGCAAGAGUGAAGCCUGCAUCACACAUACCCGCUUUAAACCCAGCAAGUCUUCCACCUACUACACCGAAGGGCAGACCUUCUCCCUGCAGUAUGGCACCGGCAGCCUCACCGGCUUCUUCGGUUAUGAUACUCUGACCGUCCAAGGCAUCAAGGUCUACAAUCAGGAGUUUGGCCUGAGUAAGACGGAACCUGGUAGCAUCUUUGUCUAUGCUCAAUUCGAUGGCAUCAUGGGCCUGGCCUACCCUGGUCUGUCUGCAGGAGGCGCCACCACUGUUCUGCAGGGCAUGCUGCAGGAGGGUGCCCUCUCCCAGCCCCUCUUUGGUGUCUACCUCGGCAGCCAACAGGGAUCUAAUGGUGGACAGAUCGUCUUCGGCGGUGUGGAUGAAAACCUAUACUCUGGGGAGGUCACCUGGGUCCCUGUCACUCAGGAGCUCUACUGGCAGAUUAACAUUGAGGACGUCCUCAUUGGCGACAAGACCUCUGGCUGGUGCUCCCAGGGCUGCCAAGGCAUUGUGGACACAGGCACCUCUCUGCUCACUGUGCCUUCACAGUACCUGAAUAACUUUCUGCAGAGCAUUGAGGCCCAGGAAGAAUUUGGAGAGUAUUUUGUGAGCUGUGACAGCAUCAGUAGCCUGCCCACUUUCAACUUUGUUCUUAACGGUGUGCAGUUCCCUCUGAAGCCUUCUUCCUACAUCAUCCAGGGGGAUGGCUACUGCAUGGUGGGCCUUGAGAGCACCCUUCUGACCUCUCAGAGUGGCCAGCCCAUCUGGAUCCUUGGAGAUGUCUUCCUUAGGUCUUACUACGCCAUCUUUGACAUAGGCAACAACAGGGUGGGCUUUGCCACCGCCGUCUAGACUUGUCACGUGGACACCCCUGUGCCCUUCUUCCUCUC